UUUUCUUCUUCAAAACUGUGGUGAAAAAUGAAUGGCCCAGCAGAUCCUUCAAGCCUACUCUUCAAUUGCUCACAUCAAUCAAAUUUAUCUUUGGGAGCGUCAGAGCAAUGUGGCAAAGAGACACACCUCGAGAACCUAAUUUUUGCCACUUUCUACUUCCUGGACUUCAUCCUGGCUUUUGUUGGCAAUGCCCUGGCUCUUUGGCUCUUCAUUCGGGACCAAAAGUCAGGCACACCAGCCAACAUUUUCCUGAUGCAUCUUGCUGUGGCUGACCUGUCCUUUGUGCUGGUACUUCCCACCCGGCUGGUGUACCAUUUUUCUGGUAAUCACUGGCCAUUUGGUGAGAUCCCAUGCAGACUCACUGGCUUCCUUUUUUACCUCAACAUGUAUGCCAGUAUCUACUUCCUCAUGUGUAUCAGCAUUGACCGUUUCCUAGCCAUUGUGCACCCUGUGAAGUCCAUCAAGCUCCGCAGGUCCUUUUAUGCCCACUUGGCAUGUGCCUUUCUAUGGAUUAUAGUUGGGGUUGCAAUGGCACCUCUGCUGCUCAGCGUGCAGACAGUCAAGAUGAAAAACACAACCAUCUGCCUGCAGCUCUACAGGGAAAAGGUAUCACGUCAUGCCCUUGUGUCCUUAGCAGUGGCAUUCACCUUCCCACUUGUCACUACAGUGACUUGCUACUUACUAAUCAUCCAAAGCCUGAAGAGUGGGAACAGAGUUGAGAAACAUCUGAAGGAAAAAGCUAUCAAAAUGAUUAUCAUGGUCCUGAUGAUCUUUCUGAUUUGCUUUGUACCUUAUCAUGUCAAUCGCUACAUUUAUAUUCUCCAUUACAAUGUGACCAAAACUUCCUGUGAAACACAGCGUAUUCUAGCACUCAGUAACCGCAUCACUUCCUGCCUCAUGAGUCUAAAUGGUGCCUUUGACCCAGUCAUGUAUUUUUUUGUAGCUGAGAAAUUCCGUGAGGCUUUGUGCAAUCUGUUUUGUGUUAAAAAGACUGUAAUGUUGCCUCAAACAUAUGAGCUUAAGACAAAUGAAAGCUCACUAAGUGCUAAAUCUGAACUGUGA